CACAUAUGUCUACUUCCUAGGAAUUCAUGGUAUUAUUUUUGCAUUUGUCAUCAUCUGAUUUUUGUUAUUUUAAGUUUUUAUUUUUUUGUUGUUGUUAUUGUUGAGCUUAUUUUUACCGUUUGAACAAAAACGUGGUAAAAUACGCCAUUGUUCAUUUUCUACCGAAGAACGACCAACUUGAAGCAUCCGUUGUCAAAGAAGUAAAAAGCAAUGGUGUUUGGGGUGAGAGAGACUUCCCCGGAGAGGACGUCGGAAGGAGAGGGCGAGAAACCGAAACCGAAGGAACGCUAUAUCCCACCCGAGCCUUCCAACGACGAAUCCGUCAUGUUCGGAAGCGGCAUCUCCUGCGGUAUUAACUUCGACAAAUUCGACAGCAUCAGCGUUAAAGUGAGCGGGGACAAUCCCGUGAGACCUAUCAGCACGUUCGACAGAUGCGGAUUCAGGCCGAUUGUUGCAGAAAACCUCCUCAAAUCCGGAUACAGGAAGCCGACACCGGUCCAGAAAUAUGCCUUUCCUAUCAUUCUAAAUGGUCGAGAUCUCAUGGCCUGUGCGCAGACAGGUUCAGGCAAAACGGCAGCUUAUUUAGUGCCGAUAAUACACAUUUUGCUUGCUGAACAGUAUGAGCUGAUUGUCAAUUCGUCCAAUGUCGAACCGCAAGUGUUGGUGCUUGCGCCGACCAGAGAGCUUGCCGUUCAGAUUUAUUUGGAAGCUAGAAAAUUCGCACACGGUUCGAUUAUCAAAACUUGCGUCUUGUACGGAGGUACUGCGACGUUCAGACAGCUCGGCAAUCUCAUGAGGGGCUGUCAUGUUCUUGUGGGCACUCCCGGCAGAGUCAACGAUUUCGUAGAUAGGGAAAAACUCGGGUUUUCUUCUCUUCGGUUUUUAGUCCUAGAUGAAGCGGAUAGAAUGUUGGAUAUGGGUUUUCUACCCAGCGUGAAAAAAAUGCUGCAGCAUCCGACUAUGACGCCUGUCGGGCAGAGGCAGACUCUUUUAUUCUCCGCGACUUAUCCAAAAGAGAUUCAAAAACUCGCCUCCGACUACAUGCACAAUUAUUUAUUUCUGGCUGUCGGGAUUGUCGGCGGAGCGUCCUCCGACGUCGAACAGAUAAUCCACAAAGUGUCGAAAUUUGAGAAAAAAGAAAAACUGACUUCGAUAUUAAGGGAGAAGGUGGAUGAUAAGCAGCUCACUCUUGUGUUCGUCGAACAGAAAAGAACUGCGGAUUUCAUCGCAGCUUACCUUUCAGAAAAUGGCAUACCGACGACGAGCAUCCACGGAGACAGGUUGCAGAGCCAGAGAGAACAAGCCCUUUUAGAUUUUAAAACCGGCUAUAAACCCACUCUCGUCGCCACCGCUGUAGCUGCCAGGGGUUUAGACAUAAAAAACGUAUCUCACGUUAUCAACUACGAUCUGCCUUCGACCAUUGAAGAGUACGUGCACAGGAUCGGAAGAACAGGCCGGGUCGGCAACAGAGGUAAAGCCACUUCAUUUUACGACCCGGACAUCGACUUCUCCUUGUCCGCCGAUUUGUUAAAAGUCCUUGAAGAUUCGAACCAAACUCUACCUUUGUUCUUAGCCGGAUCGAAACCUUACGGAUCCGGAGGGUUUGAAAGGAAAGAAAAUGGCUUCAUAGGGAAAGAUUUUAGAAACUCUGUUAGUAUUACAUCAAAGGUGUAUAGCAAUCACGAAGAAGAAGAAGAAUGGUAACUGAGAUAUGUAAUUUAUUAAACGAAUAGAUAUAACUUCCGAACA